AAGCCGGUCUUGCAAAGAAGUUGCAGUUGGAUACCUGGAACUCGACGCUCUCCGGGGUGCCAGGGCACCAAAAGCUGGAAGCUUUGGCUGUGCCUGGUCAGGAGAAAUCUGUAGAGGCUGGUCUGUGUUAAGCAGUGCUUGGAGGGAGCAGGUCUGUGCCAAAGCGAGAAAACGCAACUGCCACUCUUUUACAAAAACUCUAAAAAGCUCCCAAGCGUCAAGCUCCAGAAGAAUCUCCAAAUCCCAGAACUUCCCUAUCAUCGAAGCCUAGAAAUUAAAACCCGACACUGUGGGCUUCAGGAAAACUGGGCACUUCAGAACCCAGUGCUAAGGACCCCUAUUUUCCAUCUUUGUGACCUUGGGCAAGUUGUACCUCCCUUUUCCCUAUCGGUUCAUUAGCAAUACAGUAAUGAUGAGAUGGACCUCAAAGGGUGAGGAUUGGACACAAUUAUUUGUGAGAAAUGGUCAGCUCUGUGACUGGAAUUCGGACAUUUCUAGAUAAAUGUUGGCUACCAAAAUUAUGGCAGUGACUUAGAAUCCUAAACCUUUGGGAACUGUAGCUUUUCUUUCCUUUUGUCGUUUAGGUUUUUGAGACAGAAUUUGGUUAUAUAGCCCCAGGCAGCCUUCAACUCUUGAUCCUUCUGCCUCAACCUCCUGGGUGCUGUGAUUACUGGUGUGUGUUAGGAUGCUGGGUGAAACUGGGGCUUUUCAUAGUAGAAUGUCACAAAGGCUGGGGGGCGGUAAUCAGAAUCAUCAGGCUAUAUAGUUAUAUUGUUCCUGACAGGAUGGGAACCCUGGGCUGCCUUGUGUAUGACUUUUUUUUUCCUUAAUCUUGUUUUGGUGGUGCUGAGGAUGGACCCAGGAGUCUUGCACAUGUUAAGCAAGCCCUCUGCCGCUGAGCUGCAUGGCGGGCGAGCCUUUCUUACCCUAGCCCUUGGGUGUGAUGUUCGAUGCAUUAGUAUGGGGCCGUUAGGACCGUUCGGGCUGUUCCCAGGUGGGUGACGGCUGGGUCAGAGCGCUGAAGCAUAAACAGCAUGUGGAGAUUCUUUCCUCUUCACACAGAGACUCGCAGCAGAUUCUAGGAGCCAGUGAUUCUGAGACUGGUUGAUUCUAUGAAUUUGUGGUAGGAGUACACCCCACUUUCUUUCUCCAUGAACUGCAUUACACAGCUCUUGCCUUCUAUGGGAAGAAAGGUUACAGAGGUGUCCAGAUCUCCCACCCUCUGGCAGCAGGAAUGGUGAUGAUCAUAUUGAUUCUACCUAAGGAAAAAGCAAGGCCUGAAGCAGGAUGCAGCCUCUGGAAACCAAGCACUAGUCCAUCUCUUUCUUCGCUGUUUCCCAUCCAAAUGUUGGGCUUCAGAUCCCUUCUCCUGUUCAGACCAGGGGUACUCAAACAUCCUCCCAUGCACAGAACCGCGUCUCUACCUGCCUUGGGAUGCCUUUGUGAUUUAUCUUCCCUUAUUUUUUUUUUCUGACUCUACACACUUUUGUUUAAGAAAUUGUGGUUUCUCAUGAGCCCUGUUAUCUCAUUGAUACCUUUUACCUCUGUGGUGAGGGGAAGAAAUCAUAUUUUCAGAUGACUUGUAAAGGGCAAAGAAAAAACCCAAAAUUUCAAAAUUUCCGUUUAAGUCUCAUAAGAAAAGAAUAAACAAAGCGAGAGAGAGAGAAAAAAAAAACUAUGAGAACCCCCCCACCCUGUGAUUAUCAGCACACACACUCAUCAAAAAAAAAUUGGAUUAUUAGAAGAGAGAGGUCUGCGGCUUCCACACCGUGGUUUUUCUUCUCGGUAUAAAAGCAAAGUUGUUUUUGAUAAUGUGGCAGUUUCCCACAAGCCAGGCUGAUCCUUCUCUGUCAGUCCACUUCACCAAGCCGGCCUCUGACAAGAACCCAAUGCCCAACCCCAGGCCAGCCAAGCCCGUGGCCCCUUCCCUGGCCCUUGGUCCAUCCCCAGGAGUCUUGCCAAGCUGGAAGACUGCACCCAAGGCCUCAGAGCUCCUAGGGACCAGGGGUCCUGGGGGAACCUUCCAAGGCCGGGACCUGCGAGGUGGGGCUCACCCUUCUUCCUUGAACCCCCUGCCACCAUCACAGCUGCAGCUGCCUACAGUACCCCUGGUCAUGGUGGCACCCUCUGGAGCCCGACUAGGCCCCUCACCCCACCUGCAGGCACUUCUCCAGGACAGACCACACUUCAUGCAUCAGCUCUCCACUGUGGAUGCCCAUGCCCAGACCCCUGUGCUACAAGUGCGCCCACUGGACAACCCGGCCAUGAUCAGCCUCCCACCACCUUCUGCUGCCACUGGGGUCUUCUCCCUCAAGGCCCGGCCUGGCCUGCCACCUGGGAUCAACGUAGCCAGUCUGGAAUGGGUGUCCAGGGAGCCGGCUCUACUCUGCACCUUCCCACGCUCAGGGACACCCAGGAAAGAUAACAACCUUCUGGCUGCCCCGCAAGGAUCGUACCCACUGCUGGCAAAUGGAGUCUGCAAGUGGCCUGGUUGUGAGAAGGUCUUCGAGGAGCCAGAAGAGUUUCUUAAGCAUUGCCAAGCAGAUCACCUCCUGGAUGAGAAGGGCAAAGCGCAGUGCCUCCUGCAGCGAGAAGUGGUCCAGUCUCUGGAACAGCAGCUGGAGCUGGAAAAGGAGAAGCUGGGUGCUAUGCAGGCCCACCUGGCCGGGAAGAUGGCACUGUCAAAGGCUCCAGCUAUGGCCUCGGUGGACAAGAGCUCUUGCUGCAUCGUAGCUGCGAGCUCGCAGGGCAGUGUUCUCCCAGCCUGGUCUGCUCCCCGGGAGCCUUCAGACAGCCUGUUUGCCGUGCGGAGGCACCUCUGGGGAAGCCAUGGAAACGGCACCUUUCCAGAGUUCUUCCACAACAUGGACUAUUUCAAGUUCCACAACAUGAGACCGCCAUUCACCUACGCCACCCUCAUCCGAUGGGCCAUCCUGGAAGCUCCAGAGAAGCAGAGAACACUCAAUGAAAUCUACCACUGGUUCACACGCAUGUUUGCCUACUUCAGAAACCACCCGGCCACCUGGAAGAAUGCCAUCCGCCACAACCUGAGCUUGCACAAGUGCUUUGUGCGAGUGGAGAGUGAGAAGGGAGCAGUGUGGACCGUAGAUGAGUUCGAGUUUCGCAAGAAGAGGAGCCAACGCCCCAGCAAGUGCUCCAACCCUUGCCCUUGACCUCAAAACCAAGACAAGAAAGAUGGACAGGGGCCAAAACACACAACUCAGGCUGUGGAGGCAAGGAGGCAAGUCCCGGACGUAUCUACAGAGACCAGGCAAUGAUGUUUCCACCGUCUUGCCUGUCUGCUCCCGGUCUAGCUGCCCUCCUGGAUUGUAUCUUCUGCCGUAAGGCUGAGGGACACCAAUCCCAGCCCAGCCCCUAUCCCCAACCCAUUCCCAAGAUGGGCUUUCCAGCCAAACAGCCCUCAUACAUACAUAUAUAUACAUACCUACAGCCUGCCUUGGCCACUCCCAAGCAGAAAAAUGACACAGACACACACAGUCAUAAUCCUGUCCCCUGGACUCAACCCAAACCCUAAAACACAAAGAGCCUGCCUUGGUACAUUCUUCUGCCCUCAAAGUUGCAUGGUCCUGCAGUCUCACACGACUGCAAUCUUAUUGACUCCCACCCCAAAGCCCUCACGCACAACAUCUGGAACCAUGGGCACUAUCACAUAUAGGUGUAUACGCAGACCCUUGCACAAGAGCAGCACUGGAACCUUCCAGAUUACAUCCCAGAAAACCACACAGGCAUAACUGGUCCUACACAGCCUCAUGCAAUGCCCCCAAAUAAUCAACAGUCAGACACAGCUUGUCAGAACUCACACAUGCACACACAUGUAGCCCCCUCCACUGUAUGUCCUGAGCUCCAUGAAUACACACUGACUCACCAAAAUGUACCCCAUGUCUCACUUGCCACUGACCCCAGUCCCCGACCCCAAGCCCCAAUCGAUGCCUCAGCGUGGACCACAGAAGAAUUUCUCUUUUAUUUGGGAUCCAAGCCCCCUGGCCCCCAGUGCCCAUCCAAUAAACCGUGGCCAAGCUAGACAAUCACCCUGAUCAAAGAAAGAUGGGACCAGAUAAGCAGGCACCUGGGUUUAAGAUGCCAGCAGGAAAAAG